UCUCAGGUAAACAAAUGCAGAACUUUCUCCCGUCACCCGGCGACAUUAAACACCACAAAACGGUACAAAGAAUGAAAUAAAUCUACGGAUCUAAGAGAGGAAACGUAAACUGUCACUACAUGUGUGUCCCGGUCAGAUAUGGGAUCAUAAUUAAGGAGACUAAACCGGAAACUUUGACCUCUUUUCAUGUUCAGAUCAGAAAAACAACAAAGUCCCAGUUCAGUUAGCGGUUAGCUUUAGCAUAGCUCUGCUAGCCGCCGGGUUUUAAAACCCGGGUUACACUUUUAGCUCGGUUCGGGGUCAGCUUAGCGGGAACGGCAACCGGAUCUGUAGUCGACAGAUACUUUUAAAUUUUUUAUGUCGGACACAGCGAGUGACGGUAGCUCGGUGCUGCUAGCCGCUACACUGAUAUUUACGGUACAGUUACAAGCUAACGGUUACCGGAGCUAACCGGAUCUGAAGUUUCUUCAUCGCCACAGAUUUUAAUUCGGCUUUAACGGGUUUUACCAGCGUGUGAUGAGCUCAGCAGGAAGAGGAUCAACAUGACGUCUCCGUGAUCCUGUGACUCGCUGCUGUUUCUGUCCUCUGAUUGGUGGAAGUCAGCCGUCCGUCAGCAUGCAGCUGACCUAUCAGAAGCUGCCGGCUCAGCUGAGGCGGAGCUCGCGGCUCAAGAGGCUGACGGCCGUGCUGCUCGCCGCCUACGCCGUCAAAAAACUGACGCCGUACGUCUGGAGGAGGAUCAUCCAGAGGAGCGCAGCAGGUAAACAGCUGGGCGGGGCUAACCUCCCUGAGGGCGUGGCCACUUCCUCCUCCAGCACUGUGGACAACUACAAAGAGAAGAAGAAGAGUGGCAGCAGGUCUCCAUCAGUGAACAGGGAGUUUGUCCUCAGACUGUCUCGUCUGUUGAAGCUCUUGUUUCCACGGUUACUAUGUCCAGAGGUGGGCCUGCUCGUCCUGCACUCUCUCACUCUGAUGUCCAGAACCUUCCUGUCCAUCUACGUCGCUGCGCUGGACGGUUUGAUAGUGAAGUGUAUCGUGCAGAAGGACCCGCAGGCCUUCGUGCUGCAGCUCUCUAAGUGGCUGCUCGUCGCUGUUCCCGCCACGUUCAUCAACAGCGCCAUCAGAUUCCUGGAAGGUCAGCUGAGCCUCAGCUUCAGGAGCCGAUUGGUCAACCACGCCUAUGAGCUGUACUUCACCAACCAGACUUACUACCGCGUCAGUAACAUGGACGGUCGUCUGUCCAAUCCCGAUCAGUCUCUCACUGAGGACAUCGUCAUGUUUUCGGCCUCCAUCGCUCAUCUUUAUUCCAACUUAACCAAACCCAUCCUGGACGUGGUCGUCACCUGCUACACCCUGCUGCGCACUGCCCACUCUAAAGGAGCCAACACUACUUGGCCGUCAGUCAUCGCCGGCCUGGUGGUGGCGCUCACUGCCAAAGUCCUGCGCUCCUGUUCGCCUCGAUUCGGGAAGCUGGUGGCUGAAGAGGCUCGACGGAAAGGAGACCUGAGGUACAUGCACUCCCGCAUCAUCGCCAACUCUGAGGAGAUAGCGUUCUAUGGAGGACACAAGGUGGAGAUGGCCCAGCUGCAGAGGAGCUACAUGUCUCUGUCCUCUCAGAUUCAUCAGAUCCUGCUGAAACGACUCUGGUACGUCAUGCUGGAGCAGUUCCUCAUGAAGUACGUCUGGAGCGCCUCCGGCCUGGUGAUGGUCGCCGUGCCCAUAAUCACAGCCACAGGAUACUCUAAAUAUGACUCUGAGGAGGUGAAGCAGGCAGCCAUGGUGAUGAAGGAGGAGGAGCUGGUGAGCGAGAGGACGCAGGCCUUCACCACAGCCAGAAACCUGCUCAACGCCGGAGCCGACGCCGUAGAGAGAAUCAUGAGCUCCUACAAGGAGGUAACAGAGUUGGCAGGUUACACAAGUCGAGUCUCUGAGAUGCUGGAUGUGUUUGAAGAUGUGAAUCAGGGAAUCUACCGUCGCUCUGCAGACAGAGAGGAGCAGUUAACAGCAGCAGCAGCAGCAGCAGGAGGAGCAGGAGCAGGAGGAGCAGUGGUGCAGCACGGGCAGAGAGUCUGCGGUCGACUGGAGAUCAGAGGUCAGGUAAUCAGUGUAGAGAAGGGGAUUCGCUGUGAGAACCUGCCAAUCAUCACGCCGACCGGAGACGUGGUGGUAUCCAGCCUCAACAUCCAGGUGGACGAGGGGAUGAAUGUGUUGAUCACAGGUCCAAAUGGAUGUGGGAAGAGUUCUCUGUUCAGGAUCCUCAGUGGACUGUGGCCUGUUUAUGGAGGAGUCCUGUUCCGUCCAGAACCACAGCACAUGUUCUACAUCCCACAGAGGCCCUACAUGUCAGAGGGGACCCUCAGAGACCAGGUGAUCUAUCCAGACUCAGUGGAGGAGAUGGUUGAGAGAGGAAUGAGAGAUUCAGACCUAGAGGAGAUCCUUCGCACAGUCCACCUGCUCUACAUCCUGGACAGAGAAGGAGGUUGGGAGUCAGUCAGUGACUGGAAGGACGUUCUGUCUGGAGGAGAGAAGCAGAGGAUGGGGAUGGCUCGCAUGUUCUACCACCGCCCCAGGUACGCUCUGUUGGAUGAGUGUACGAGUGCUGUCAGCAUCGACGUGGAGGGAAACAUCUUCCAAGCUGCAAAGGAUGCUGGGAUAGCCCUGCUGUCAAUCACCCACAGACCCUCCCUUUGGAAGUACCACUCUCACCUCCUGCAGUUUGAUGGAGAAGGCGGUUGGCGUUUUGAACCUCUAGAUGCGUCCACUCGUCUGUCUCUGCAGGAGGAGAAACAGCGCCUGGAGAAUCAGCUGUCGGGGAUCCCAAAGAUGCAGCAGCGUCUGGCAGAGCUGUGUGUCCUCCUGGGGGAGAGAGAGGGAGAGAGGGAGGAGGAGGAGGAGGAGGAGGAAGACAAAUGAAGAGGAGUCACUCUCCUGAGUUUAACUCUGAUACUCUCAACUCUGUUUUUACCGGUUACCACGGAGACACUCUCUCAGCAGGCUUGUCAUGUGACUGAAACUGAUGUUAAACUUCAGUUUUCUGUAAAACUGUGAGGAUAAUUUUUAGUUUUUAACCCUUUGAAGUCUGAAGCCACAGUAUUCCCCCUUCAGUGUCUCUGGUGAACAUCAUGUUUAAAGGAACAGUUCAACUUUUUUUUUCUUUCUCUUUUCUCAGAUGUUCAGAUAUCAAUCUCAUGUCAGUGUGCGGUUAGCCUAGCUUAGCAUAAAGACUGGAAACAGCUAGUCCGGCUCUGAUUAACAUGUCAUGUCUUGUUAGUUUAAUCCAAACUCAAACUGAAGUGCAGAAACACAGUUUGUAGUUUCAGGGAGAGUUCUGUACUGGAACUAUUUCCUGACAAACAACAUCGUAUCCAUCCGCCCAGUAACUCUGUGCAACGUCUUCAGUGUUUGCCUGGAAACCAGGAAGUAACUGUUCUGUGUGUGUGUUGAAAAUCUGCACACAUGUUCACAAAAAACAGAAUCCAGAACAUUUAUCAAACCUAUCCAUCCAAAAGUUCUCAGAGUGACACUUUUAGGAGUAAAAAUAUGUUCAUUAAUUUAGUAAAUCACUUCUGUCUAUGCUGAUAUUUAUUAGAGCUGCAGGUCAGGCAGGGUUAGAGUUAAUUAGGGUUAUAUAUUCAGAGAGAUGGGAGAUGUUUUAGGGACACUUGAUGACAAUAAACUUGUUGAAAGAUCAUUUUAGGGAUAAUCCUGCCAGAAUAACUUCAACUUUAAAACUCCAAGUUUAUCAUGAAGAAGUUUACUGAAGUUAGAAGUGCAGUUGGACAGUUACAUACUCUUCAUGCAUCACAGUCAGACAGUUUUCAGCACUAUCGCUACACACUACAUGCUACAUGCUACGAGCUACGUGCUACGUGCUACAUGCUGCACCAUUACAGGCUGGAAAACACUGUGAUUGGAGACAAAUUACAUAAUAUUUACAUAAAGGCUACAUACAUUUAUUUGCUUUUAGUUGCUGUUUACAAUCCAGAUUUAAUUCAUAUUAACCUGUGUAAGUUAUUAACAUACACACAUUAAAUCUACACCGAAUAAAGUGGUGAUAUUUUGCACAUUCUGUUACGGCUACAGCUAAUGAUUAUUGUUACUGAUUAUUCUGUUGAUUAUUUUCUAGAUUAAUUGAUUAGUCAUUUGGUCUAUAAA